ACAGUCGAUGUGGGACUAAUAACCGAGCCCAAAAUGGCCUAUAAUAGGCCAAUGGUCCAUGGGCUUUGUUGAAGUAGUUGCCAUUUUUACAUUUAUAUCCCUUCAAAGUCUUAAACUUAUGGCGCCGUCCCCAUUAAAUUGUUAGUAAUCGACCCUCUUUGUUGCUUCACAACAAGCACCUUGUGCGCAUCGCCCCGUUCACAAAUCACGCCGCGUUCACCAAUACCCUUCACUUUUACAUUAUUAUUACAUGCAACGUUCGACACUUCCCCUCGGCCAAUUAAUCCCCCACCUCCUUCGCAGCUGCGUCUUCUUCCACCAGCUGAAGCAAAUCCAUGGCCUCCUCCUCACCUCCUCCCUCUCCCUCUCCCCAACCCUCUCCUCCCUCCUCCUCCGCCGCGCCACCGAGCUCGGAUCCAUGCCCUACGCCGAGCGCCUCUUCUCCUCGCCCCUCCACCCUCCGCACGUCCUCCUCCACAACGCCAUGAUUAGAGGGUACGCGCACCACGGGCCCUACGAGAACGCCCUCCACCUGUUCGACGAAAUGCCUCUCAGAGGCCUCGCCCCCAACAGUUUCACCUACCCGUACCUCAUCUCCGCGUGCGCUCGCCUCGGGAGCUCCGGGUUCGGGAAGAAACUCCAUUGCCGGGUUAUCAAAGACGGGUUCGACGGUGUUCCCGUGAUUGGGAGUUCCCUUCUCAAUUUUUAUCUAGAAUUGGAUAUGUCCGAUGCGCGGAGAGUUUUCGAUGGGUUGGCGUUGAAAUCGGUAGGAUUAUGGAAUAAGAUGAUCGCUGAGUAUGUGAAUUUUGGCGAUAUCAAUUCCGCGAGGGAGGUGUUCGAUGGAAUGCCGGAGAGGGACGUGGUGUCGUGGAAUGCGAUGUUUUCGGGGUAUGUGAAGUCUAAGUAUGUAGAAGAAGCAAAAGAGUUAUUUCAAAGGAUGCCGAAGAAAGAUAUAGUGUCGUGGACGGCGAUGGUGAGAGCUUUAGCGGAUUCUGGUGAUCUUAGGGGUGCGAGGAAAUUGUUUGAUGAGAUGCCCGAGAGGAAUGUGGUGUCGUGGAAUUGCAUGCUUGCUAGUUAUACCCAGAACGGCAAAUUUAGGCAGGCGCUCGAUCUCUUUCUUCGGAUGCGGUCGGAGAAAGUGGCUCCCGACGGGUACACUGCCGUGUCUGCGUUGUCGGCUUGUGCCCAUUUAGGAGACUUGAAGAUCGGGAAAUGGAUACAUUUCAAUUUAAUAAAUAGCGGGCUUCGGUUAGAAGCUAUAAUUGGCACUUCCCUCGUGGAAAUGUAUUCAAAAUGUGGAGAUAUAGAUAGAGCCCUCCUAACCUUCCUCAAGAUGAUAACGAAGGAUGUGUUUUGUUGGAAUGUAAUGAUCAAAGCGCUUGCAAUGCAUGGAAAGUGCGCGGAUGCUAUGAAACUCUUCGCCUUGCUGAAAAGAGAAAGCCUCGUGCUCAACGACUAUACAUUUAUGGGCAUCUUAUUUGCAUGUAGUCAUGGGGGUUUGGUCGAAGAAGGUAAGAAGAUCUUCGAUUCGAUGGAGAGGGAAUUUAGGGUUCGACCGAAGAUCGAACACUUCGGGUGUUUGAUCGAUAUGCUUUGUCGAGACGGCCGUGUUGAAGAGGCUAAGAGGGUGAUUAAGGAAAUGCCCUAUAAGCCUGAUAUUGCUAUUUGGGGAGCUUUGCUUGGUGGGUGUAGAGUUAGCAAUGAUGUUGUAUCAAUCAAUAAGGCCAAUGGAAUGAGGCUGAGAGUGCUAGAGAGAAGAUGGAAGAUGGAAAAGUUUGGAAGAGCACUGGAUGUAGUGUUGUUCUUGAGGGAUGCUGAUGCAGCAUUGUAGAUUACUCCCUGCACCAGGUGCCUCUCUACAUCAAUGCGCGGCAAACUCAUCAGUCCAUCCUCCGCAUCUUAUAUUUCAAUUUUUAUCCUAUACGGAGUUAGGUUCUUUUGCCCGUUAGGAAAUUGAACGGUUGGAUUGAAAGUAUAAGAUCAUAACAAAGGUUGAAGGAGACACAUCGCAAACUCAUCAGAUGUACAGUUUCCCGAAGAGUUAACUAAAAAAUAUCAGUUUAUGUCUGCGUUAGGCUCCAUUCGAGAUUGUGGAAAAAUUGCAUUAUAUGCCACGAGAAAGCUGUUUUAUGUCAGAAUGUAAUAUUACACCACUACAUGCUUUGUUCGCAA